AUGGCGAGCGCUGGAGAGCGCAGGGAUUCGGCAAAGAUGGCAACGGAGGUACCUCGUUCGAGGAGCGGCGGCUUGCCACUGGGUUGUUGGAGGUUUAUCCUCGACCGCAUUUAUAGCCUCUCUAAGCGUCAAGGUUGAGUCGACCAUUGAGAUUGAUUGGGACUAGUCUUAGGACGAAAAGUUUAACAAACGUAAGCUAAGAGUAUUCUCAUUACUUUAGGGUUCUAUUAACUUAUAAUAUGCAAAAUUUUUAUGAAGAACUAAAUUGUGACUAAGUGCCUGUCGCAUAAAUCCGGGAAAACUCGGCGCGCCUGCCCAUACAGGGGCCAGGGGCGAGCCUUCUAGAACUUUCUACAACAUGGCUUCGCAUGAGCUGGCUUUCAAGAACUUUCUACAGCCUGUAUUCAAUCUCACUAGCAGCCAGCUUCUUACAUUGCUUAGACAAAGGUUUUGGCAACUUUCCCGCAACAACGGAACAAAGAACAGAAAAAGUCGAUCCGUAACGAGACAUAAACUUGUUAAAAAUUUCGAGUGCUCUUAGGUCUAUUUUUUCAUAUUGACAAUGGAUUUCAAAUAAGAUGCUCGGAGUUUAGUUUCCUCCAGGUUUCUACGAAGGGUUGCCUGAGGUUUCAUGUCGAAAAAGCAAAGCAAGACUUUAACCCAAAUUAACAAGGAUCAUAGCUGUCGAAAAUUUGAGGAUAUAAGGAUGGGGCUAUGUAUGAUUAAGCAGUUUUCGAAAGCAAUCAAUAUUGGUAGACUAGACAGCACAACUGUUACUAAGCAAUUUUUACUCAAUAACAGAGUGUGAAAUUGACAGAAAACAGGUAAAUGACAAUUUUGUAGGUAAGAAGACAAAACUAUGAAUAAAAUUUUAUUGAAUAAUGAGACUGCGUAGGAUGAAAUAGAGGACAGUGUAGUUCUCUUACCAGAUAAUAAAUCGACAACGAAAGCGGUCGGUGGAGAAGAUUUAUUGUCGAAAGUAGAGUGUUUUACAAAAGUUUUACGGGGAAUACCUUUUAUAUAUAGGGGUAAAACUAAAAAAGAUUGAGUCGUGUUAGGCGAAUAAUUAUGACACUUUAUGAUAAAACACGACGGAAAGCUUAAAUGACUUAUAAACGAAAAUAGGCAAUUUUGUAAGAUUUAUACUUUAAAACUUUUCAAAAAAUUAAGAAAUCGAUUAAAAAUAUAAAUGUCACCAAUCUUUUCAAAACCGUGCAGGGCGCGUUGACCUUGUGGUCAAGACUGGUCUAUUGGUUAUCAGAAUUUAAUUCAAUUUAUUAAAUGCCAGUUUACAGGCAUUGUCAAGGGAAGCGAUUAAACACAAAUCCGACCAGCAGCGAAAAAAACUCCUGAGCUAAAGGGAUAAAAAUAUAGUUGAUGGUGGUUUUUAUGGUUUGGAGGGCUCAGGAGAAAAAACUGCCGGCGGUGGUAGAAUAUCGACCGUCAAGAAGGAGGGAGGUUGCACGGUAUCGGAGAUUAUCGGACGUCAAAUUCCUUUCAUGAAGUUGGGGAUAGUGAAAGUAGAGCCGUUGAGGAACAGCUGGUGAGACCGGCCAUAGUGUUCAGAGACCACAAACGCCAUCGCUACGGUACAGUCGAUCAGUAGAUUCAGCACCCAAAAUUUGUGAGAGCUUUUCUGAAUGCAAAAAUCGAGUAAUAGUUCUCUUAAAUAAAGGAUAAUUUUGCAGAGUUUUCACACUCAUGUGUAGUUUAUUCCAAAUAGCAAUUGCAUUUACAGAAAAGAACCGACGAUAUUUAACAGUACGUGCCAGGGGCAGAAAUAAGAAGACCUCACGGUGACUGUUACGUCGUGGGUGGAUAUGAUGUCUUAAAGUAGUGAGUGGAUUAAAGGUGCGAUUAUAUAAAAGCGUAAAUAGCAAAAUUAGUCCCUUUUGCAAACUACGGAACCAUAAAGGAUCGAGGCAUGUAAGCCGGCAACGUUCUUGGUAAGACAAAUGUCGGUGUUCUGGGGUUAAAGUUCUCUUAUUAAAAAAGUUUUGAACGGAUUCUAUUUUCUUCCUCUCAGUAGCACGCAUGAGGCUAAAUGAAAACGAACAGUAUUCCAGACCAGGUCUAACGUACAUGCUGAAAAGGCGCAUUCUAAUGUCCCUAGUUUUAAAGUUCUGAGGAUAAACCUGGUCGUUCUGCGUGCUUUGGAGACUAUCAAGGCACAGUGCUCCGAGAGAUUGAGACUCUUGGAGUAUGAUAUGCCCAGAUCCUUAAUAACCCUGGCACAUUUAUGGAGUGACCUUCAAUAUUUAGUUGAGGUUGGUGGUCGUCGCCAACCACCAUGAAUGACGUCGCCAACUGACAGUUAGUAGAUAAGUUACGCUAUCGUAAUUUGUACAGAUCUGGUGGCCAAGAUGGAUGUGAGAUGAGUUCAGUGAAACAUGUUUACUCUGGAGCUUUGGCUGAGAUUAUAACCGUUCCAGCUCUCUAGCCGCCCUGCAAAUCACUUUUUAAAUGAAAAAAACCUAAAUAAGACUUUCAAACCCAAACUAAUACAAUCGAUUCAAGUCCCGGUGAUACCUACUCUAUCAAGUUCAACCUAGUCCAAAGAUUUAUCACAUAUGCGUGUUAGGCAGUCGAGAGACUGCUGUGAGACUGAUAGCGGCCUGGCGGUUAAAUAUCCUGGCAUUAGUGGCCACCACAAAGCAAAACCUCAGGCUGGCAAUUGCUUAGAAAAUAUCAGCUGACAGUCGUGAUAAUGGAGGAUUAGUCGACCCAAAUGACAGUUUUUUCGCUAGCGGGGGAGGAAGAAAUAUGUCCGCACACUGUCUCAGCCGUCAGAAUAAACGAAGAAUUCGGUGUCCACUACUUCUAACCGAUUACCAGAAUACCUAAGAACUAUACACGGCUAAAUUUCAUGAAGUUCUUUUCAUGAAAACCGUUGAGAAAGAUUGACGGAAGACGAAAUACGCCUUCGGCAAAUCGAAAACGCAAGUAGUUUAUAUGCACUGGAUAUAAUAAAUAAAUGUUGCGGGCGCUUUUCGGACUGUCUGUUUUAAUUCUUGGGUAGACUAGGUGGGUUCUUGUUCGCGUACGUUUGGGCUUUAGGCAUCUUUAGUUAUGAAAAAAGAAACGAGCUUCUUCUGAGUUUUAUGCUCUACUCUAAGUAAAAUCAUCUUAAUUCUGUUCAUCCUUCAUAUUUUAAUGUUCAUAUCCUAAUAAAGUCGGAUUUUUCCCCUGAUAGCAUUUAGGCUCCCAGGGCUAGACAUUUACUAGCCCGCUAUCAAUCUAGUUGACUGACGGUCCGCGUGCGAUGCCGGCCGCACGAAAGAAUUUCUGCUCAAAGAGAUUGUCGAAGAGUCAGCCAAUCGCACCCUAGUAGCAAUUCCAUAGCGAGGUGACGGCGCCUCGCUGUGGAAAAGUCGCGAUACAAUGACCGAUUUAUAGUGGAUUUUGUCCAUGUGGUCGCUAUGGAAGCAGUGGCGAAAAGUCGCGAUACGGCGCUAUGCAGCUGCGGGACGGCAUUCCUUAGCGACCUUUCCGUUUUAGCACCUACGAAAGCUCUUUUUCGCACCUCCCAUCCGAUUGAUUACUAAAAGAACUACGGUACCCCCCUCCCUCCCAUGAAGGUCGAAGGAAGGCGUUUUGACGAAGUAGAAACAAUGAUUUAUUAUAAAAAUAAAAAAUACAAUUAUUCUGGGCACUAUUCCUCUCGCGGCCGGGAUGAGGAGGGUUCUGUUGAGGGUUCUAAACCAAGUAUGUGUAAUAAUACUUCAGUUUCACUUACCAUCAGAGUCAUCAAUAAGAGAAUCCGGCCGAGAUCGCCUUUUUCGAAGGGCGUCGAGGGACCUCUUCAGCCGCCUUGUGAAGGCGGCUUCCAGUUCAUAUACGUCGACCCUUCCUCCCUUGUUCCAAGCGUGCAUGACUAGCCCGCGACCAGCCGACCAGGCCAGCCGUGCAGGACGACUAAAAUGCUAUCAGGGUUCUAUAUUUUAUAUUCGAAUUAAACACAAAAGCGUUAAUUGGAUCGGAUCCCAUUAUUUAUCAAUGCUUAGUUGAGUUGAAUUUGAUCUACAUUGUUAAUUCUACUGAAAUAGGGUUAGAAUGUCCACAUGGCCACUAACGCUCACGAAUACAGAGCAUUCCAUUCGCGUGGCUCCGCCAAAAGAGCGUCAGUUGACAGGAUCCCUUUAGAUUUUUCAGACCACGCGUCAGGUGCCAUGUUCCGGAAACGCGCUUCUUCGUCAGAAGAGGGAGUCUCGAUUACUCCAGAACUGCAGGACACGAAAAUACCCCAAAACGACGGCGUUUAAUCGAACGGACGCAAUUUCCGCCUAUUCUCCGCAAUUUGUUGUAACUGUUCUUUAAAAGCAUGCUCAACACGCCACUUAAGUGUUCUCUUUGAUAUUGGCUUCCAAAUUCUAACAAAAAACACCAAAGGGUUAAUUUUGAAAGUCAAGUAGAACAACUUCAGAGCAGUUACUGCGUGCGCGCGCGAGGAGCACUGUUUCGUCCGAUCUAUUUGCCAAUAUUCAUUCGCACAAUCAUUUGCGCCAUUAGCGACGCGAUCCACAGGGACGGUGGGAACCAAUUUUCACCAGCGAUUGGAUGGAGAGGCUCUAAUCUAGAAUAGCCUUUCCUUGCUAUUAGGACUAUUACUUCAAACCUCUCAUCCCGACCCCAUUCUUCACAGGGGCCUUUCACCUCACCCAACGCAUCGCCGAUGUAUAUGUCCUAAAUGUGGUAGUUGACGAUCGCAGUGGUAGUUGACGAUCGUUGCUGACAGUGCCCAGUAUAUGCCUCAAAAAUGGCGGGCGCAGUGACGGCUUGUACUGAUAGCGGACUUGUGCUGCAUCUACCGCGCUCCCUCCCUUCAUUCACCUGGGCCUGAUGUCAAGACAUAGUCAGAAGUACCGAAGGCAAGAUCAGGCGCAGAUGGUUGGCACGGCGCGAGCCUGCAUCUAGGUGCGUCGCCACGCCUCCAUGCAUAACAUUUGCUGUCGGUGCACAGCCCAAUUACAAGUACGGGAACUCCGUGUUGGUCCAGCGCAUCUCCUGCGAUGCUCGUAGGGGCCAUUGCCUGCGGUAUAAUCAGGCACAGUAAAGUGGCACUGUUGAUAGCCUACACUGCAUGAAGAUGUUUAUGAAGAUAGAGUUGCUGUAUGUUACAUCCACAUAUUACUUGAGUGAGUGCAUUUAAUUUACAGGCUGUACCCUUCUUCAGUCGUAUAUGCAUCUUAACCUCGAUCUAAAACUUCGAAUUUGCCUGCCAUAGUUCUAUCCUGGACGGACAUAUUCUAUAGUUCAUAGAUGUUUUGGCAGAUUUUGAAUAAUUCAUAUUGACCCAACUGUGAAAAACUCGGCGCCUCGGUGGGAUUCGAACCCACGCAGUAAGGGAAGGCUUUAGUACAGCCAAUGCCUUAGACCAUAACACCAAACCCAACCCUAGUCCUGACCUUGUCGCCCUACCACUAACCCUAACGUCCCUCGGUGCGGUGGUCGUGUGCGUCACUUGGCCGCCUGAGCAUAACUUGUGAUAACAAGGCCUAUGUCAACUUAUACCUGCAUGGUACAGCCAGGACCAUGCCUGAUCUAUCCGGUCUUUAUGAUGUCGCGAAUGUACCUCUCCACGCGUAACAAUUUGUAGUGGCGUAUCUGGAGAGCUCGGUCAUCUAUUUUUCAGCGACGGAGACACUGUACUGUUCCAAGAGCCACUUUAGUGCCUUGGCUAACUACAUUGAGCUGGAUUCUGAGUUAAACUCCUCUUCGACCCUUCCAAGCGGACAACGAUGCCGGAUCAAGAACAGCAACACCGAGCUCGUGAGGCAGGUAAUAAAGAACUUGUCUAUAUAAUCCCAGUUGUCUUUGUACGGCUGGAGAUAUCCUAGCGAUGUUGUCACAGAGAGUGCGGAUUGUCUUAUUCGAAACCAAGUCGGCGUACUUCACUCGAAAAAUGGUUGUCAGACAGCGGUAGUCAGACAGCUGCAGUUUUUGCUCAUUUCGUACUCGCAGUCCGACAUUCACAACCGCUCUACUUGCGAAUCCUCGUGGCGACGAACAUGUCGCGUCGAGUUUAUAGAUACUUUCCAAGAAUUAUGAAAACCCUGCAAACAGCAUCGAUUCAGAGGCGAUAUCGUCCUCACUCUGUCCACUCAAUAACAACCUUACCUCGAGGUACUUGAAAUUGUCUACUUCAGGUUGGCGGCCGUCAGUCCCAUGAAGUGUCUUCACAUUGUCAGGAAUGCAACUCGAAAGCAUCUUGUUCUUAGCAACUUCAACUCACUGGAUGCUGCAGUCGCCUCUAGCCGACUUUUUCGUCAGUUUUCGAAGUUGGCGGAGAAAACAUCGUUGCGAGACCUGAUGCGAGCCUUCUAACUAGAAAAUACAAGAUAAUUCCGCUGAUCCACUCACUGCGGCGCCGCUGGGUUAAUUUAAGAAUUUCAUCACUUGUCUCGUGACCUCAAUGAUGACCAUUUGUUACCAUCUUCUCUUUCGACUUGGGUCGUAAAGUUACCGGGUUUCCGUGCUCGGGGCCUCGGCUGUGCUGGGUUGACAUAGUUUUGUGACAUCAAGGCGUUUUGCACGUGACAAUUUUGGUAUGGACGAAAGAUAAGCUUUUGGCUUGCGCGAAUGAAAUCAUAGUCUGUCCCACGGACUUUGCUGGCUUCGGCACCACGCAUCGUUCUAUCAUGAAACCAACCACAGAACUGCGAACGGACUAAAGUGCAGUCAACCUGACCGGUCUUACGAUUAUCGUUCAAAUAUAAUGUCAACAAAUGUUUGUGGCAAUCCUGGAAGCAUAUGUUGGUUGAAACAGUUCGUUCUGGUUAACAGGGUUCAGCAUUCUCUUCAUUGUCGCACCGAUAGCCAAGCCUAACACCUUAUGCCGUCUUCGGUCACUCUCAAUACCGAUGGGGCGUUUGUCCAACUCCGAGAAGAAGAAUCCGCAGGAAAUGCAUCCAAUCAAUACAGGCUGGAAAGAUGAUCCCUCUAGCUUGGUUCAUUAACACUAUCGGAUCCCUUAACUUCCCGUAAAAUCGCACUAUUUAAUCUUCACAACUGUUCCGGUAGUUUUCUGUGUACGUUCACGUAUUUUCCACAAAUAUCCUUCCGCACCAUCCAUCAGCUGGAUCAUCUGCGCAUUCUGCAUUGAAAAUGCCGUCGCCCUUUACUGCUAGUUCCUUUAGGUGCUCAAUGUCAGUUGUUUUGACUACGACGAAGGUGUCAUCGACAUAACGAGCCCAGAACUUUGGUUGAUACCCAAUGAGCACAAAGUGUUCUGAUAGAAGCGAACAGGCGAGUCCCAGGUAGCAGUUCAGAAGAUGAAGAUGCGACCACUGGAACAAGAAGUUUAUUUGCCUGACGUUUCGGAUUCUCACUCGAAUCCAUCAUCAGAGACAUUUGCCUGACCUCUAUCUGCGAAUGUCUCUGAUGAUGGAUUCGAGUGAGAAUCCGAAACGUCAGGCAAAUAAACUUCUUGUUCCAGUGAUCGCAUCUUCAUCUUCUGAACAAAGUGUUCUAUCCGUUGAAGAACUACCUCAGCGAUUAGGCCUGAUAGAGGGGAGCCCAUAGGAGUGCCUUUUAUUUGUUCGCACCUUUGUCCACCAAAGCCUGCCUCAAUGGAAUGUCAAAAUGUGACUCAACUGGCCUCAGGCCUCCCGAGCAGUCAAGUCGAGUGUAGAGGCAACAUGCAGGAAACAGACGUGGGCGAUUUGUUGGCAACAGUGUUCGAAGGUUCAGCUGGGAGAGAAGUGCUGAUGAAGGCACCCUCGUCGCGGCCGAGCUUUGUUCCUCUUCACGUCUGCGCGUCACGGUGAGAGUGGAAGCGCUUGAACAGGAUGGCUUAGAUUCCAAGGAAACCAGUGUUAGGAUAGUUCUCUUUUAACAAUCUUUUGUCGCAGUCGAAGAUCGGUAGGACGACAAAGUGGCUCUAGUCUAUGAGUACGGUUCCUGCUCUCUGAAUGUGGGUCUGAAGGCCAUCUUCUCCCUCGCCUAUCGCUGCCGAGCAGCCCUUGUAGGUUUCCAUCAGUCACUGUUGUUCUUAAAUUGCAUUGUCGUUCCUAGGUGGAUGGCGGGCUGGAGUCACAGCCCUAUUCCAAUGCUAGAAUGUUUUCAAACUGGGCUUCGACUGAGGGGAUUGAAUUUGCCGGAUCUGGAAGUGGGAAAAAAGGUUCGCCCCAUCAUUGGGGGGGAGGGGGGAUUGUGUCUGCCAGUGUUAUCAUUGUUAUACCCCGGUUUUCUCAGGUAUUUGAAGCAGACAGGGUAGAAAAUUGAACCAUCCCCGAAAUCUUGCGCAUCCGACUGCUAUCACCCUCAGCUUAGGCGCAACCCACGUCCUGAGCAGCUUUGAUCUAGAGUCCGUCGCAGCCCUGUCGACCAAAAUGCGUGGCCUAUCGACGAAAUUCUCCAAGUUUGAGCCACCGCGGAGUCAUUCAGUGUUCGCACUAUAAGCCAGUCAGAUCGCUUCGUCGGAGGUCCGGUUCUUGAGGUAACACCUGCCGCGGUCUAACCUCCUAAGGGGUACCUUGGAGAGCAUGCUACCGUCCGAGUCAAUUGUCUUCAACCAGAGACGCCAACUGAGGCAGCUGUUAUCUGCGUCCGUCAGUGGCUUUAACUACCGCGACAAACUGGACUAGAUGCAUGCUAUCAGCACCACGGUGACAUUUGCUCCGAUCAUGCUCUUAUGGGGAGUCCACCACACUUUGGAAUACGUUAUCGAAGCGGCAUGACCACAGGCCCGGAGGCUUGUUCAUUCCACGUCCUGCCACGCGUAGACUUGUUGGGUAUUCAGUGGCUAGGUUAAGAGACAGUCACGUAUUCCAUCGAUGUAUCCCUAAACUCCGGAAAGACCCAAGCGUUCUCAAGCUCUUCUACGGUCAUGAAUGCUGGCUGUGCGCAUGGACUGUGUUUGACCACCGUUGCCUGACGACCAAUCUUCCAAUAAAGUACGUUAACUUGGAGAUAGUCAGCACUGCUUGCGACAACAUUACGAGGAUAUCUCAAGCCGUCCAAGAAAGACAACUGAGGUGGUUUGGGCAAGUUCUUCGUUGUCCAUUUCAUGAGCUCAGUUAUACUGUCCUCGAUCCGGCGCCGUUUCCCGCUGGAAGGCGUCGAAGAGAGGGCCAACUCAAGACCUGACUUGACACAGUUCGUUAAGACGUGGAAGUAGUUGUUAAACCUUCGAUAUUCGCAGGAGAAGAGAAUGGACCGAGCUGCUCAGAUCCGUUGUCGCAAAUCGUCAAGCUCGGAGGCGUACAAUCCAUGACACUCUUGAGGCCGGCAAGAUCAGACAUGAUCACAGCUGUACCAAGUACAAGAGACAUACAUUAUCUUCCUGGGAUUUCUUUUCCUCCAGGAAAACGUAUUUCCUAUCAUUGGCAUAGGCACUAUAAAAUCACUUGCGGGGCCCCCGUUGGUCACAAUGCCAAAUACAUACUUGUACCGACCACCGUUACUCCAAGCCUUAUCGCGAUGCGUAUUGAAUGGUUACGGUGUAACUGCACUUGCGCCUUUCAGAACGCCUUAUUUACUCCCCACCCGGCCUGUUUACUGCCUAAAUGCACUACCCGCCUCCCUGGCGGCAAGAUUCUCUUUCACGGCGCCCUGAGGUGUUAAUAGAUGCUGGAUGUGCGGAUGUCAAGUGCGUUUCGGUUUUUGACCAUUUCAGCAUGCCGGAUGCCUUCGGUUCCGCGGAGACACCCACGAAGUUGCCCAACCAUCCCACCGCGGUAGCCACACCCUCAGGAAGUCACAUCUUCAAUCCCUUUCACGAAGGAUUCAUUAGUCAGCUCAGCCAUGUCGCGGUAACACCCGGCAUCUUUUCACGUCAGCGGGGAUCACGCGGACAGAAUCCGUCUGCCGGCACACCAUCCAGAUCGGCUGUACCGUUUGUCUGGUCGCCAGAGGUUCAAGGCGAUCUGUUUCCCACUGAAAUUGACGAAAAUCCAGCCCUCCAACUGAAACUCCAGGAGAUUUUGGAUGCUGAUGUAGGCGUUUGCUGCUGCCUGCUGGGCCGUAGUAUUUACAGCUCUAUUUCGAAUUUCUUUGUUAAUAGGUUAUGGCGUUGUUUUUUUGUCAGGUGACUUUAUGGUUCUUCCGUUGUCCUCCCCUCCCCCCUAGAACGAUGAAAUGGCACAGAACGCCAUCAACAAGUUUUUCCAGAGUCAUCUUAUUGCACCUAGUCCGGACGUAGUUCCAAAUCCAUCUCCCCACCGUAAGUCUUUGUUUGACAUAUUUCGCAUCACCAUUUGUUCUCAUGAUGUUCCAUUAUUUGUUGAAGAUGGUAAAUGAACUAUGGUCUUUUACGCCAAGUUGUAGAAGAAGUUGAGAAUCGUCUCGACAUCCUCUGCGCUGACUAUUCAUCUGAUUGUACUGACUUGCACUCAGCUUUAAAGGGGUCACCAGACAGAUGGGUCAGCACACUUAUGCUUUCCAUAGUCCUCAGCAGGCUAAUACAGUCAUGUAUAUAUGCAUAAAUAUAUAUAAUGGUAGGGAGUGCUCACCGAUCGUUCUUACGGAACUCACUCGUUCCGUUGUGCCUUACGGGCUCUCUCUCGAGCCCAACCAGCAGCCGCACAGCGGCGCAUGAUAUAGGCAGUAUGUUAUUACCGACAAAGGCGUGGACUUCUAAUUAACAGGUCGCGAGUUCGAGCCUCGGGUGUUCCACACUUCGGGGUUGGGUAUGACUGGCUGACGAUUGCUAAUAAGCCAGAAAUGGCCAUUCCAGUCUCCCUUGUCUUUGUCGGUAAUAGCAUACUGCAUAUAGAGAUAUAUAAAUGUAAGAGAAUAUGCGCAUCGCAGGUUCAUGUUUAAAAGAAGUCGAAGGCACGAUCACUGGGACAGUAGUUUUAUUGGCCCGAGCUUUCGAACUCGAACUGGAGUUCAUCAUCAGAGACUGCUAGAGUGCAGCAACGUGUGAAAAUUUAUAUCGCAGUUCUAUGCGGGGGGGGGCUACGCCCGUGGCUAGGUCUGGUUUGUGCCGCCUGUCCAACGAUGGUCCCCCGGCGUGGUGACGCCGUUUGUACUUCGCGACGAUGUGAGCUACACCACCUGGCUGCGUGGGCGGAAUGCAUGAUAACACGCAGGCAAAUCGAUGUGUCUAUCGAUAGGGUUGGUGUCCGACACCCACGCCUCCAGCAGUUCUCGCCCCGUCUUGUUGCCGGCUCGCGCCAAUAUCCGCGUGUUGGCGAAGUCGAACUCAUGGCCUUCCUCCAGCUUCUGAGUGGCGACUUGAGAUAGUGGGUCGGCUCUUCGAACGACCCGUUUGUGCUCAAGUAUUCGCGAGCUGAGACGGCGUCCUGUCUGGCCUGUGUAGUGGCAAGGACAGUUUUGGCACGGGAUUUGAUAGACUGCGCCCGACUGUUCACCUGCGUCCAGCCGAUCCUUCAUUUUCAUGAUCCUGCUACGCAUGGUAGCUGCCGGAUGAUGAGCGAUGCCCACGCCUAGCUCUGACGCAUUGCGUUCUCCCUUGUCUUUGUCGGUAACAUCCCAUUUACCUCUAUUACUAGUCGCCGUGCGACUGCCUGCGAGGGUUCUAGUAUGAGUCCCAGAGCAUAACGGAACGAGCAUGUUCCGUUACCUGAUCGGUGUGUUGCUAAUUGAAGCGGAAAUUCUCACCCGGGCGUGAGUUAGAAGGUAAGGCGGUCACGAUAACCAUGAUUUGAUUGUCCUGGCGUUCCGAAAGCAAGCUACCUGGUGCGGCACAUCACAAUAUUUAACAGGUGUUGUGUUCGUUCUGGCGUGCCUCUGACUUCAAUGUUGUCUGUGUGCGUUGCACCGUCGUGUAAAGAAAUGUUGUCAUGAGGACAUAGACUGUUCGUCACCUGCUUGCCGGGAGGGGAGGGGGGAGAGGGGAGGACAUAGGAAUAAUCACGGCGGUUGCACUCGUUCGCACUGCCCGUAUUCAUUGCCCGUGCCCUGCGUACCUCGUUUUACCCGUUCGCGCCUGUUCGUAAACGCGUGAACGGCGCUUGCCACGCUAGUGUCGACCUCCCGGGUGACGUCAGACUGGAAAUUCCCAUCACUACCACUCAUUCCCGGCUUGUGCGCGCCUCUGCCUGUGUUGAAGUCAAAUACCUUCUUUGGAAAAAAAGUAGUUUAUUAGUCAAAUUUUCCAAUUCCCCGGGUCGUCAUCGUCAGGCGCAGAGCAAGUAUGUCAAAAUCAAUUUACAUAAGUUUGCGUCAAUGAGCAGCCGCCGUGUGUCAUUCUGUUCAGCUUGACUCUCCUCUCAUUUCUCCCUGAGAUUUUUGUACUCAGCAUCCAACUCACUAUGCCGGUUGAUGCAUUAUUCACCUGAUUGCCUUGCCACGAGAAACUCCUAACAGGGUAGACACCGAAAACGCGAGUUUUCAUCCCAAGCGAAGGUGUAUCCAGUGUCCAGGGUAUGCAUGACUACUUGAUACAGGCAGUCUCACCUCUUUAUUGCCAACUGACGUUCGUGAAUGCGUGAAUAGGCUGAUUUCCCUGUUUCACCACAGUAAACUGCAUCACAGGCCUCACAGGGAAUCUUGUGGACGACCUCCUUCUUAUCCAAAUGGCUAACCCUAUCCUUAGGGUUUACAAUUUGACUGGGUAAUCUGAUCGUCGGUUUGUGUGCAGCGUGAAUUUGUUGUUUCCCUAGGUGUCUUUCAACUACUUCAGACACAUUCUUCGUGUGUGCGUUAAGGCAUGUGCGAAUCAUUUUUUAAAGUAGGCAUGAGACAGCAGGAGUCAGAACAAAAGAAACCAGGUAGCCCAAACCAAGUACCAAGUACUUGGCUUCCGCUUCUGAAAGGUUUCACUGCCAGCUCUUUAAGGACUCGUUGUAAGUUGUAAAUAUUGAUCUGUUUGCAGUUUCCCGGUCUGACUGCUUUUUGCAACGGAAUUAGUCCCAUAAAUGACCUUCGUUGGGUAGGUCACGUGCCGCGGAGGUCUUAUGAGCGUCCGCCACAUCGUGCGGAUGACGAGGAGAGGAAGCAAGUGGCCAUUGAAUAUUGAGCAAAAACAGCAGAACGCCCACUAUCUCACUGUGUGGGGGGGGGGGCGGGGUCGGAUUCAAUCUGAUUGACUAAGGUGUCUUUGACCGACCACCCGCGUAGACGCGCACUUUUAAUUUUGAAUAAUGACUUUGCAAGGCAAGUCACGAGACAUUGAGCGGAAUUCAAGCGUGUACCUGAUAGUAAAUAAAAACCAUUAAUAAACCCGGCCUUGUCAUAAUACCUUCUCAGCCCCAUCUGGAAAGCUCGCUGCUUCUCUGUCACAUAUUGUUCGAUAAUUUUCGUUUUGCAGAUACAUGCAUGAGAUUAAUCAGGAGAAUCGGCUGUAAGUUCAUUCGUUGUAGGGUGUUUCGUGAGAAAUUGCUUCACGUGCAAUUUUUGUGACUAAAAGGAUCUACGCCAGUUUCAAAAAUUGUAAUUAUCGUUGAAAAGAGGUUCAAUAGUCGAGUAACGAGGCGUUCUUGUUAUGUUGCACACUGGGGCUCACUAUGGAGCAAUCCCAUGGCGACUAAUACUUAUGCGGGAAGGAAUACUGACGAAGUCAAGGGAGACCGGAAUGGCCAUUUCUGGCCAAGUCGCCAUCGUCAGCCAGCCAUGCCUAACCUCAGGUGUGGGCCACUCGAGAUUCGAACCCGGGAUAUUUGGUCAUGGAGUUUGGCACUCUACCAAUGAGCCACGGGCCCAUUGUCCUGUCGGUUGUGAUUGGGAAUAUAUAUAUAUAUAUAUAUUUAUGAUAGUGGGCGCUCACCUUGUCUUUGUCGGUAUUACCUUUCCAACAUAUAUAUAUAUAUAUAUAUGGAUAAGCGAAAAUGCUGACUCCAGGUGUUAAGAUGGAAGAACGUAAGGCGCUCUCUGGGGAGGAGAUCGCCUUACCUUCUCCCAUAUAUAUACAUACAUAUGCAUACAUUAUGACAGAUGGGCGCUCACCGAUCAGGUUAGAGAACAUGCUCGUUCUGUUGUGCCUUGGGGAUCAUACUAGAACCCUCGCAGGCAGUCGCACAGCGACUAGUAGUAGACACAGAUGAGAUGAUAACGACAAAGACAAGGGGGGCCGGAAUGGCCAUUUCUGGCUUAUUAGCCGUCAUCAGCCAGUCAUACCCAACCCCAAGUAUGGAUCACUUGAGAUUCGAACCCGGGAUCUUUGGUCAUGGAGUUUGACGCUCUAGCAUUGAGCCACGGGCCCGUUGUCCUGUCGGUUGUGAUCGGGAAUAUCAAUUAUGACAGUGGGCGCUCGAAUCUCAAGUGAUCCACUCUUGGGGUUGGGUAUGCCUGGCUGAUGACGGCUAACAAGCCAGAAAUGGCCAUUCCGGUCUCCCUUGUCUUUGUCGGUAUCAUCUCAUCUGUGUCUACUACUAGUCGCUGUGCUACUGCCUGCGAGGGUUCUAGUAUGAGCCCCAAGGCACAACGGAACGAGCAUGUUCUGUAACCUGAUCGGCGAGCGCCCACUGUCAUAAUUGAUAUUCCCGAUCACAACCGACAGGACAACGGGCCCUUGGCUCAAUGCUAGAGCGUCAAACUCCAUGACCAAAGAUCCCGGGUUCGAAUCUCAAGUGAUCCACACUUGGGGUUGGGUAUGACUGGCUGAUGACGGCUAAUAAGCCAGAAAUGGCCAUUCCGGUCUCCCUUUUCUUUUCGGUGUCACCUUAUCAACAAAUACCACUAGUCGCUGUGCGACUGCCUGCGAGGGAUCUAGUAUGAGCCCCAAGACACAACAGAACGAGCAUGUUCUGUAACCUGAUCGGUGAGCGCCCAUCUGUCAUAAUACAUAUACAUAUAUGUGUGUGUAUUCACUCAGGAAUGGACGCGCACAGAUGCAUCGGCUUCCCGAAGCAAGCAAUCUUCGUAUGGGUAAUAGGGGGUCUCGAGCAGGCAACCACCCACCAGGCCGAAGUCGGCCAAGCUAUGACAGCAAAGGGGAGAUGACAGAGUUUGGAGGGUAGGUUGGCACAGAACUGUUUCGAGCUUGUUUGCCUUCAUUCAGCCAACCACGAUAUUUACCACUAGUUGGACCCCGUCAGUAUGGAUCUAACCAAUCAAGACAGCGGACUUCGUCUUUUAACCUGAGAUUCGAACUCGAAUUCUUUGACCAGCGCUUUACCAUUAUUAAGUCAUGAGCUCGUCCUGACGGUUGUGGUUGGAAAACUAGCUGUCGUUAAAAAGGACUAAUAGGUUAGAAAUGGCGUACUUACUUGUGGGCAGGUAAGUCGUAACCUGGUUGUUCCCCUCGAAGUAUUUGCCAGAAGCGAAAUUUUAUGCAUUAUUUUGUAGAAAUGGGAUUGCACUUUCACAGGCGCCAAAAACCACUAUGGUUGAGCCCCCAGUCUUGCGUGAAACAAUAAUUACAAAUAGCCUCCUGCCAAGCAUCAUGCAGGGUUAAAAACUUAGGAGGAAUCGUUUGACGGGAUGGUCGCUCUGACAUUUCUCCAGUGGGUCUGAUUUUAAUGCCGAUUUCGUUACUUAUGUACAUUAAAAGGUCCCAAUGGCCGAGCCGUCCCAAUAACAGACUGUUGCCGUAAGAAUAAUCCUUAAAUUUUCCGUAUCCAAUGACACCGUUGCAACCACUGUCACCUUUUUCGUUUAUCUUUGUGCAGGAUCAAACCGGAGUCCCACCCGCUUUGGUCUUCCGAGGACUUCGUCAAUUAUACCCACAGGCAAGCAGAUAUCUCUGCCUUGGUGUUUGUCGAUAGAGCCUUUAAAUAUCUGUCGCCGUUUUUUGAAUCAUUUGUUGUCCACAGUUUUGUACUUCCGCAGUGCCUUGGGUCGUGCUUGUUUGUCCGGCUAGCCACCUGAAUACCCUUCCUUUGUAAAGUUUUCUCAAAAAGGGUAGAUCUCCCUCCUUUCCUGUGCCGAGACUUUCCAAGUCAAAAAAUGUAGCCUUCCUGUGCCGACCGGAAGCUUAGACUGGCCACUAAUGGCCAUUUACUUGCAGGGCUCCGUAGCCCUGUGAGUGAGCUUAAUUACUCUACCUUUGCGACUGUUCAGACGUUCCCCACAAACAAUCAGGAUAGCGAUUCCCGGUCUGUCGUUUUCUGCGUCAAUCCUUGUUAACGUAGUUCUAAAAUUGCGCACGUCGUUAAAACCACCCAAGAUUAUGGAUUUGGAAACAUGCAAUUGCUACUGAAAUCAUGACAGUAACAAUUAAUGCAAGCGGUUAAUUUCUGUAAGAUUGGACAGUUGAAAGGGGUUCCGACAAAGACAGUAGAGACUAGAAUGGCCGUUUCCGGCCUAUUGGCGGUCAUUAGCCAGCCACAGCAAUCCCAGGUCUGGAGUACCUCGGAUUCGAGUUCGGGAACUUUGGCCAUUGAGCUGAACGCUCUAUCAUUGGGCCACGGACCCGUCGUUCUGUUGGUUGUGAUGGGGAAUAUCAACUAUGUUGGAAGUGCCUUCGUCUAUUGAGUUACAGGACGAGAAUGUCCCGCCCGCUGACGAUCCUCUCCAAUUCCACGGCUUCCUCCUCCUCUUCCUCAAACACAAAACUCUUGCUCUUAGCAACAAUUGACGGAAUCCCACCACACUCGCUGGAACGACAGAACUACCGACUUCGCUGUCAAUACUUUGAUACUUUGAAGGACUAAUCAUCUGCAAGGAGGCUGAAAGCGGUGUUGUCGACAAAGAUUAGGAAAUGCUGAAAUAUCUUUAGCAGCCAGUGAUACCCCGAAGCUAGGUUCCGAAAUAUCCAACACUCGAACCCCGACCCAGCCGGUGGGGCACUCCGCCCAUUUCACAUUCAAAUGUCCUUUGAAAAUGGUCUUUUCGCCUUAUUUCAGGUACACCCAAGGGGAAGGGGAGCGGUAGACCCGAGGGAAGUGCCAUUAUGAUGACAGACGGUAUGUCCCACUUUUUUUUCCAAUGACUUCUCUAAACCCCGACCUCUUCCACUCCUCUUCAUGUCAUCAUGGAGAAACGCCCAUUGUAGUGAAUCCGACACCUAUCCUUUGCUGACGGUUAAAAUGAUAGGCCCGAACAUGGCAUCAUUGGCUCCGCGUUUGCUUCUGCUAGUCGGAGGGGUGGAAGGUUCCCUUUCUACCGUAACCAACGGUGAGAAGUUGUUGAUCAGGCUACAAAAGUCUUGCGUUCUCUGACCGAUUAUCGACAAAAGUGGCGUGAGUAGAGUCUCUGAUGCUAGGUAGCCAAGACUCACCACUGCGAGUAUGACAGACCAAAAAGGAGUUAGGAAGAAAUCUCUCUACAAUUCCAGUGCUGGGCAAAACAACUGCCACGUGGCCUUUUCAUCUGCCUCUCUUGUUUAAAAGCGAACUUUAUUUGCUUGUUUUUUCGACUCGCACAAUAUGCAGCCUGGACUACUCCAGCUUCAUCUACUACGGAAAGUCGGGCGCCCAUUUGCGAAGCCCAGAACGGACGCCAACCCUUGCCACACUCUAAGGCCAUUAUGUAGAUUUUUCUCAGAGGAGUAUGCAUACUCCUGUAUGCGCACGUAAACACUCAGCACUGUUUAAUUUACGGGUCCAUGUGGGUACUUCCGUAAGCUCACAAAAAAUAAAUUUAGUCAAUGCCACGCGAGAUUUUCGUUUGUCGACCUGCCGUGACUACAGAAAGAAAUACCACUUUCUACAGUAGGUGGGCUAACUCAUGAAAUGUCAACCGAGAUUCCGAAAUGCGUUUUCGUCUCGAAAAGAUUAAUUAAGAAGGGCUGUAAAACUACUCAUGGUGCGUCUUAAUUCUAUAAUAUUUCAGUUACGUCAGGAUGCCGGCUUUCGAAAGAACUUCCUUCCGGCUGCACGGGAAAACCUCGCUCUGAAAAAAUGACUAUUUAAGUAGCAUAAAUUUUUCUCAUUGAUUUUCGAUGCCCUUAAAAGUUUCAUUAUAUUUCAUGGAAAACAUGCAUAAAAAUAUUCAUUCCUCAUUCGGUAGAUAAUUAUGUCUUCUAAUUUUAUACUCGAAGAAGGGACAUAAUUCGGUUGUAAAAAAGGUUUUACAAUUCACAAAUAAUUUUGAACCCGCUCCAACGUCACACUUGGAUUCAGGGUUCCCAAACUACGAGCUGUAUAUUUUCCGCAUACGGAAAACCACGCAUUUCUCUACGGUAAUAAAGGGGAACCAUAUAGGGUUCAUAAAAUUUAGCAGUGGAUUUGAUUCAUAUUGUUAACUUCACAAGCCACAUUGGUAAAUGCAUAGAUAUGACGAUUUAUGAACGGCCAUUUCACGGUAUUUAAAAGUUCCACAAUUAGAAACUUUUUUAAAACCAAAUUAUGUCUCUCCUUCGAGUAUAAAAUUAGAAGACGUAAUUGUCUAUUGAAUGAACAAAAGAAUGAAUAUUUAAUGCAUGUUUUCUUUGAAAUAGAAUUGGACUUUUAGGGACAUCGGAAAUAAACGAGAAAAAUUCAUGCUACUUACGUAGUCACUUUUACAGGGCGUGGUUUUCGCAUGCAGCCGGAAGAAAGUUCAUUGGAAAACCGGCAUCCCGAGGUAAUUAAAAUAUUAUAGAAUCAUGCUGCACGAUGAUUGGUCUUACAGCCCUACUUAAUUAAUUUUUUUCUAAACGAAAACACAUUUUGGAAUUUCGGUUGACAUUUCAUGAGUUAGCCCACCUACCGUAUUCUUCACAGACGGUUGCACAGCGAUGAACAGUUAGUAACGACAGGCCCAGAAAUGGCUGUUCCUUGCCCGCCUGUCAUCGUCAGCUAGUCGAAGGUGCGGUCGUUGCACAAAGAGGGCAGUAUUUAUAGGACGCAGUUGCCAUGCCCUAACACACUUACUAUAAUUAGUAGCUCUCCCGUUCAUCGCUGGGGCGUCGUACCUUGUGCGACGAUUUCUUGUCAGUCAGAGUCCGGGUCGUUAAUUGCUGCAAUUUAAUCACCAUUGUCUAUUCCUGGCGUGAUAACUACUCGUAGUUGAAGUUCCUGGUCCUCUCGACCUCGGGUUGCAGCAUGGCUGACUUCUGACGGCAAAUAACAAUCUCAAGUGGCUUUUUAGCUUCUCUUGUCGUUACUGGUAAACAGAAUUCCAGCCAGUCUAGUUAUUAACACAAAACACAAGUCAAGUUACAGGUAAGACACGGGAGAAAUCUCAAUUGGUAAGUCCUAGGGGACAUGGUGAUGUAUGUAGCAACGGGAAACGUCAUAGGUUGGAGGGUGAUUAAUCGGCACUUGAUAAUUCUAAUCACGCUUCUGUGACCCUGAAAGUUAGCUCUUCACGCGCAAGUUGCGUGAUAUCUAGGGCUCAGUACGGGAAGCAUGUAGUCCUAGCUUGAUUUGUUGAGGAAUCGUCUCGUGUCCACUUUUCAUAGAAUGCGUUAAGUUUUUAUAAAGAAAUCCUUAAUAAACAUAACACUGUCGAAUAUUUCUGCUUUUCUUCUGUUUCGGCAAUGCCUCAUCCGCAGGUGGUGUCCUUAAAUCUGUGCUCUUGACUUUGGUAAGAACAUUGUAAUGGAGAAGUCAGUAUCAACAGGGACAAUGGGUGGGACGGACGUUUCUGGCCCAUUAAGCAUCAUCGGCUGACCACGCCCACCUCCAAGUCCGGGUGGCCUGGAAUUUGAACUCCGUUUUUUUGUUUAUUGGGCGUUAAGUAGUCCAAUACUACCACCGAGCGACGGACCUGCUGUCCUGUUGGUAGUGUUCGAGAAUAUUAAUUGUGAAGGAAGGGCGUUCACCGUCCCCGCUUCUAUGAGACUGUCGACAAAGGCACAAAACUGAGCCUCAAGGUACAACGAAGCGAGCAUAUCCUGGAACCUGGUCGGUGAACACCCUUCCACCACAUAGCUUAUAGUUUUUGAGGCAUCUCUCCCACCACGCGUAAAGAUACUCCGAUCCUUCUGCGGGCCCUUCUCAGACAUGGCUGACUGAGACGUGGAACUGACUAUUUUAACAAAGAGCUUGCUAAAUCCGAUCCUUUUUUCAUAAGCGCCAGUUUUGACCGUGAUUCCUAACUGACCUAAACUUCGUCAGUCACCGAGGCAGAGAUCCACGGCGACUCUCGUCAAUAACCUGUUCUUCAGCGAAUGCACUCCAUGUCAACGCCUAUUGCAGUGGUCAGUGAGCCUUUUCGUUUCAGUUGAGGUACAGACAGGCAUCUCCAUUCGUCCCGACACUGAUCUCGUCACCCUGCUGGAGAGGGCUAUGCAGCUGGACGGGGGGCCGACCGCCCCUGCGGAGGACCAGACAGCCCGCGUCGAACCCACCGAUGCCCGUUGGAGCAGCAGUUGUGGCCUGGUGCUGACCGAGGGUGCCGCCACGCACAUUGGCAAAUCCUAUCCCCACAGUAGCCUCUUUCUCUGCUUGGCCUGCCAACAGGCCCACUCAAUAAAUCGAUACCGUCGGCGCAGUCUUUUCGUCGAGACCUUGGACCCCAUAAACGAUGUCCCGUAG